AUGCUAUUCUUCACAUUCCUACGAUUUCAAAUUGUCAUUCUUGUUAUUCUUUAUUUCGCUGCCACUGAUACUCGAUCCGUUCCUGAUAGUGAUACUAAGCAAACGAUUAUCAAUCCAUUCACUGACAAUGAUCAAAAACUGUUUGUUACUCUUGCAAAUUACCGACAUCGAUUCGAAAGAUCAAUGAAUUUCAAAAAACUACGAUGGACAUUGAGCGGUCUGAAUAGUUCAGCAUUAUGUGAUGCUUGUAAUUUACUGGUGCCUGAAAUGCGAGUUCUAAUUCGAAUCAAUCGAUCAGAUUUAAUUGACAAUGUAGCAAUAGAAUUCUGUAAAUUCUACAAAUUACUCGAUCGAAAUGUUUGCCUCGGUGCUGUUAAUGAAUAUAAAAAUGCCGUGAUCGAAGUACUUGCUUUGUCUCCACUGACCAACAAAGAACUGUGUUCAUUAGCAUUUGAAUGUGCCGCACCACCCUAUUUCCCAGUCGUCAAUUGGAAUGUCACCUUUCCCGAUAAACCAAAACCAACACCUCAACCGCCACAACCACCAGCAUCAGGUUCCCCUAAAUUGAACAUUCUGCACUUAUCGGAUACGCAUGUUGACUUUGCUUACAAGCCAGGAUCUCAAGCUGAUUGCUCUCAGCCACUCUGCUGUCGUCAAGGUCAACCUGCUCCUGGUCAUACAGGUGCCGGUUUCUGGGGCGAUUAUCGUAACUGUGAUAUUCCAUACUGGACAGCGGAAGCAAUAUUAAAAUAUGCUGCUGAGUUGGAAGAAGUUGAUUUCAUUUAUUACACUGGUGAUAUACCUGCUCAUAAUGUUUGGAAUCAAUCUCGUUCUGACCAAAUCUACGCUAUCAAUGCAAUCAAUCGUAUGCUAGCGAGUAUUUUUCCGAAUAAAACAUUCUAUUCAGCAGUCGGCAAUCACGAAACAGCUCCAUGCAAUCUGUAUCCAACGCCAAAUAUCAAAACAGACAAUAUUUCCUGGUUGUACGAAGCACUGGCAGAUAGUUGGAUAAAGUUAGGUUUACCAGAAGACACACGUGAGAGUAUUGAGCGCGGAGGUUUUUAUACGACAUUAGUUCGACCGAAUCUUCGAAUAAUAUCGCUGAAUAUGAACUAUUGUUCGCGAGAGAACUUUUGGUUAUUAAUUAAUGCAACUGAUCCGCUCGGACAACUUCAAUGGUUAAUUCAAUGGUUACAAUAUGCAGAAGAUCAUGAAGAGAAAGUUCAUAUCAUUGGACAUCAUCCUCCGCGGUCAUGUAUGGCAGCAUUCAGUUGGAAUUUCAAUAAAAUUGUCAAUCGAUACGAAAACACCAUUGCUGGUCAGUUCUAUGGACAUACACAUGUGGAUGAGUUUUUAAUGUUCUACGAUGAAGCUGAUCAAAAUCGUCCAGUAUCAAUGGCGUAUAUGGGCCCGUCAUUAACUACGAGUUCGUAUUUAAAUCCAGGUUAUCGCGUGUAUUCAGUCGAUGGUGAUUAUGCGGGAAGUUCAUUUUGGGCACUCGAUCAUCGUACAGUAAUCAUGAACUUAACAGCAUCGAAUAUGUAUAACAAAACGAUAUUUAUUGAUGAAUACGAUGCUCGUGAUGCAUAUGGACUGAAAUACCUAUUUCCCAGUGAUUGGAAUGAUCUCAUUCAAAGAUUCAAAAGUGAUUUAGAUAGUCCAUUGAUGGGCUUAGCCUAUCAGUUUUAUACUAAAUCCUAUCAAAGUGGUAAUCAGUGCGAUCGUCAGUGUCGCCGAGGGCUUCUUUGUAACUUCAUAACCGCUCGUGGAAAUGACCCGCAUGCAUGUGAUUCAAUCCCUCCAUUUCUUUCGUAG